CGAAUAUCACUUUAAUCAGCGUAAAUACUAUUAAUGAUCUUUAAAGAAUUUAUUAAUACAUAAAGUGCAAUAAUGACGUGUUGGGUAAUUUUAAAAACCAGUAUUAAAUUUGUAGCAGAAGUGAAAAAAGCCACAAAAUGCAAAAUGCAUUCACGUAUUAAUAGAACUUCUUAAAAAAUCAUCGAUUUUCAACAAGCCAAAUAUUCUUACCGUAUAUAGGUACAGCUGAUCAAAAAUAACGUGCAAAAAUUGUUUUCAAUGAGCAAAUGUAUAGAUACCCACCAGUCACUCUAAAAAUACAUAUUACAGUAUUAAUUAAUAGUUUAUAGCAAGUAUAGUGUACUGAUAAAAUAUGGCAACAUUACAAUUUGUACAGCGUCGAGAACAUUGACGAUUUCGUUCACUUUUGGAAAGAACAAAUUGAAAAUGUUAAUAUAAAAAAUAAGUGGGUAAACAUCUUUCGUUUUAAGUAUCUUACUAUACAUUGGGGUUGAGAAGGGAAAUGUUAUCAAGGUAUAAAUAACCUGAACACUCGUAAGAUAAAUUGUAAACGGUUCAAAACGAUAUUGAAGUUACGACUAGACGCCGGAACGAAUGCGCCGAGCGUAGCCCAGAAAAGAGAUAGCAAAUGAGUGAGUAGAGAAACGUAUAACGGACCAGUUUAGCAGAGAGUGUUACGAUUGUGAAUGGUAAUUUUUUAAAUUUAUAAUAAACUCUAUGGAAAGACUUUGUAAAAAGGCACGGAAUGAAGUCACGCUAGGGGCAAGUAAAUAAAACUUGGAAAUUGAUUUAAAUAUCUUAUGAACAAGCGUUUGUAAUAUUGGAAAGUCAUGGAACAGAGCGUUAAUCGAACGCAAGAGAAAAUAUCGGACGGAGACAAUGGAUUUGUUUGGCAAGACUACCUUGACGCAACUGAAAGUGUCGAAGUUCCUCAAAUUAUGUUUCCACAUGUUGAGUUAACACUUCAAAGUGGAAUUGAAAUAGGAAUGUCUCUUGAAGUACCGACUGAGAAAAAUUUGAAUCAAGAUGUGUCCUUUUGGGUUGCAUCUAUCGUUAUGGCAUGUGGUCCAUUAUUGAGAUUACGCUACUUUGGAGGAGACGAUAGAUCAUUAGAGUUCUGGUUUAAUCUUACGAAAGAGGCAGCUCACGAACUUGGAUGGUGUGUCAAAAAUGAUAAAAAACUAGAACCACCUGCUGCUAUCCAUGAAAGAUCUCCAGGAUGCUUGGAAAAAUUACCUGAAUUUCUAAUGACUGCAAAAUCAGUACCCCCAGAAAUGCUGUCCGGAGAUGGACUCAGUAUGACAGACAGGAUUAAACAGGGAAUGAAAGUUGAAGUCAGUGAUUCAAGACAUCCGUAUAAAUUAUGGGUCGCAACGAUAAUGGAGAAUAUUGGAGGACGCCUUUUAUUACGUUAUGACACUCCAGGUUCGACAGUAAAAGAUUUUUGGGUAUUUUGUACAGCAGAGUAUUUACAUCCGUACGGUUUUGCAACAAAGUCAGACUCAAAAUGGUUUCUUGAACCGCCAAGUUCUAUACUUGAAAUGCAUACUUAUGAGGAAUGGAAAGAAUUGACAGAGUCGAGUCCAAAGAAUCACGAAACGCCCGAAAAUUUAUUUAACAAUAGCGUCAUUCAUCCUCGUCAUAAAUUUGAAGUUGGCAUGAAAAUGGAAGCAGUGUCUCCUGGAGACCGGACAACAAUAUAUCCCGCGACUGUUAUAAAAGUUUUUGAUGAUGUAUAUUUUCUUGUCGAAAUUGACGUAUAUAAAAUGGGUACAAAUACGAAUAGUAAUGACAAUCGCGCAUCAAGCAAUUCUCCAAAAAAUACAUGGCUUUGUACAGCAGAACAUCCCUACAUUUUUCCUAUUGGUUGGGCCAAAAAACAUGAUAUCAAAAUUACACCUCCACAGAAUUGGGUAUGCGAAUCCGAUGAAUUUGAUUGGAACGAUUAUCUGGCAAAAACAAAUUCUACUGCAGCAAAAGAAAAUUUAUUUCCUGAAUGUGAGAGUGCAGUCGAUGCUGGUUAUGAGAUCGGUAUGAGAUUGGAAGCUGUGGAUCCAGAAAAUGAGAAUAUAAUAUGCGCCACGCACAUUACAAAAAUCAUAGACAAUCUUUUAUGGUUAAAAAUGGAUAAUUACGACGAUUCGAAACCUGAGCACAUUGUCUACAUGCAUUCUUUGCAAAUAUUCCCUGUUGGCUGGUGCGAAUCAAAUCAUUAUCCUCUAAAGCCGCCAAAGAAUCACGUGGAACUAUGUAAAAAAUUACAAACAUCAACAAAAGAGAUGCAAAAGAAAAGUGUCUUAGAUAUACCGAUAUCGGAACCACGUUCAUCACUAUGGUGUCCAAAGAUUUAUUUUAAUUAUCGUUGUUUCACUGGUCCUAUGAUAUCUAAAGGAAAAUUAGCAACACUUCCUAAAGCAGUUGGGCCAGGACCUGUAAUCUUAGUCAUGAAAGAAGUUUUAUCGAUGAUAGUAUCAGUCGGUUAUAGAAGUGCUCGAAUUUUAAAAGUGCUUCAGUGUGAUUCAAAGCCAGAUCCUGGAUAUCACCUAGAAGUUCUCAAAGCAAAGCAUAAAAAUAAUACCUACAGAGCAAGCGUGGCUGUUGUUACAUCAGGCGAUAUGGUGGCUGGGUUUUGUAAAAAUAUAUGUAAAAAAUUAAUGGUUUGUCCAAAUCUAUUUGGACCUCUAUACGUUCCAGAAAAUGAGUGCCCCGACAAGUGUCACAAGACAUCAAAAACAAAGUUUACUGCAUCUAUGGGAACUGGACGUCGUGGAAAGCCCAAAGGGUAUACCAGUAUCAUGGUACAAAAGCCAAAACCAUGGGGUGGUCGUCGUAAGAGAAGACGAGGCAGAUGGGCCAAUCGUGAUAAAGACACACCAGAGGAGGAAGUAGAACGAGAAGAGGAAAUGCCAUUUAUGUCAUUGGAAUUGACAAAACAAGCAGCGGAAGCGAUGGAGGAUGCUACAGAUGACAGACCACCCUUAUCAGAAAUUGAUAUAAUGAUACAAAAAGGUCUCGGGAAGCCUGAGAAAUCGGAAGAGUUAAAAAUUGAAGUACCCUCGAGUAAUGUCUCAGAAGAUUCAAGGAGUUCGUUCAAUGACAGAAAAAGUAAAGACAGCAAUAUGGGCAGCCCCAAUAGUUUAACUAGUAAGCCUCAAACUAUCAAGUGCGUUCAGAACGGUACAAAUCCUCGACCGGGGAAGAGAGAACGAGAAUGGGAUACGAGCAUCGAAUCCGACUGCUCGGAAGCGGACGCUGAAUACGUUAGGAUGCAGAAAAAACAGAGACGUCCUAAAACAAGGAAACUGGAUUCUAAUCCUUUAUUUUGGAGCGUCGAUGAUGUAUUUAGAUAUCUUCGAAAAACUACAGACUGCAAGGAUAUUGCUUAUCGCGUGAAGCAAGAGGAGAUAGACGGACUUGCAUUUCUUUUACUAAAUUUACCCUCACUCACUCAACACAUGAAACUACGUACAAGUUCUGCUAUGAAACUGUGUCGUCAUGUGGAACAAGUCAAAGUAACAUUCUUCCUACGUCAUAUCAAUGAAGUGGAACCAGAACAGUAUCAAAUACUGUAAGAUCUAAAUUGUGUAUAUAAGUGUUACUUCUAGACAAUUACAAUAUUAUAGGUUCGUUUGCUGUAUUAUAUUAUUGACAACUUAGAAUUUAUUAAAGAUACGUAAAAAAUGGCUCAGACUAAUGUUGUCAGGUGAAUGAAAUUGAUAUUGCAAUUUCAUCUUGUAUGACAAAUAAUAAACUAACCUGACACUGUAUAAGCUUUAAUAUUAAAA